AUGAUGGAGAUUAUGCAAUCAGGAGAAGCAGAAUUUCAGUUUGAUUGUCGACAUAUAAAAGCUAUCCUCUUAGACAUGCUAAUUGCAGCAAUGGACACUUCAGCCACAUCAGUAGAAUGGAUUCUCACUGAGCUUCUAAGGCACACUCAAGCAAUGAAGAAAUUACAAAGAGAGUUAGAAGAAGUUGUAGGCAUGGACAGAAUGGUUGAAGAAUCAGACCUGGAGAAUUUAAAGUACUUAGACAUGGUUGUAAAAGAGGGCCUGAGGCUGCAUUCCAUAGUGCUAGUAAUGCAUCAUGAGGCCAUGGAAGAUUGUGUAGUCGACGGCUUCCACAUACAAAAGGGAUCCCGAAUCAUGAUAAAUUGUUAUGCAAUUCAGAGGGAUCCAAAUGUUUGGCCUGAGCCUGAGAAGUUUUUGCCUGAGAGAUUUGUCGGGAGCAGUGUAGAUAUUCGUGGAUGCCACUUCCAACUUUUACCAUUUAGCUCUGGUAGAAGAAGCUGCCCCGGAAUGCAGUUGGGGAUUACCAUUGUUCGCCUUGUGGUUGCACAAUUGGUGCAUUGCUUUGAUUGGGAGAUUCCAAAUGGUAUGCAGCCUCUGGAUUUAGACGUUGAUGAGGAGUUUGGGAUAGUAUUGUGCAAAGAAAAGCCUUUGAUGGCUAUUCCUACUUAUAGACUAAAUGAGAUCGUUGAUGUACUUGAGUGUAAUAGCUAUCCAGAAGCUAUUUCGAGUAGAGAAGCAAAUCGGCGAAUUGGUAUUAUAGCUGAAGAGAUUGAGUCUCUUAACAAUGGAUAG